AUGUCGUAUGCUAGUGUUGUCGCAGCAGGCGCCCCUCCGUUGUCGGCACAACCUCACCCUGACACAGCACUCCUAAACACUGAACAAGGGGAGACUCAACUCUCGAGUGCUGAUUCCAAGAUUACUGUUGCCCCAGCUGACUUCAAGAAGAACCCGAGGUCUGCCGACACCGACAUCAGGGACGAGCUUGAUGUUGCGAGCGAAGACAUAGAAGAGGGCGAGGACACGAGCCGACCUAGUAAGGGGGAGUCGCGCAAAGACCAUACUAACUGUAAGAAGGCUGGGGAGGAAUGUCGAGAGCUUUGGGAGAAAGCCAAGGGGUACCUUCUGAGACCUACUGUAGCAGGUGGCUUACUAGGUGUAGUAAAUGUGGGACUCCUCGGGAGCAUUGGGCAUUCACUCUAUACCGUUCCUGCGCACCGUAGCUCUCCCAGGUUCCUCUCCCUUGCCGCUAUUACCACUCUUGGCCUCUUCGGGAUUGAGGGUGCUCUUGCUGAGGCUUAUCGCAAGACAGAGCUAGGCCGGCGCGAGGAAGCUCGAGCGAAGGAAGAGGGCGCUGCGAUAUGUAGGCAUGUCAAGACAGUUCUGUUGAGGCCUGGGGUCCUUGGUGGAUAUUGGAGUUAUGUGAAUUGGGAUGACCCAUGGAAGUGGGACAGGCAAAGGGUUAGUGCUGCGAGCGUCGGAUUGCUCGCAUUGUUUGCUGGUGAAGGGUGA